AUGGUAGCUAGCUCUAAUGCCGUUCACAAACAUGCUCACAAACCAUCUACACAGGUUUUGACCAGAAAGCAAAAAGACAAGAUUAUACGAAGAUUUCAGAAUGAAAUGGCACAGAAGGAAAAGGAUUUUCAGAAUUCUGUGGAGAAUGAAGUGAAACUGCUGCGGAUGAAGUUCAACAACAGGCUCAACAAAAUAUUGCGCAAGUUUUGGGAUGUGAAGUUAGAAGAUGUCUUGAAUGUUGAAAGAGAGAUCUCUGGUAACACGCCGUUAACUUUGUUUCACGUGAUAGCACAACUUGAGUCCUUGAAAAAGAGUAACGACAAUGCUGCCGUUGAAGGAGAUCGCAAUACAGAGAAACCAGACUAUAAUAAGGUUUGA